GUGGUGUGUGUGAGUGGCUGCGUGCCCCACCCUGAAAAAGAGAGGAGUGAUGGAGGUGUGGAGCAGCGAAGAAGAAAAGGGUCUGACUGAACUGGAGGGCUUGAAAGGCACCAUGAUAGCCAUGAACUCCUCCAGCCACCACCUCUACUAUGAUGCUGCUAACCACACCAACUACACCACCACCAACAACAUCACCUAUUUCCCUUACUAUCAGCACUCCCUCCCUGUGGCUGCUAGCUUCAUCCUGGCCUACCUGUUCAUCUUCCUGCUGUGCAUGGUGGGUAAUGUGCUGGUGUGUCUGAUCGUGCUGGGGAACCGCCGCAUGAGAACCGUCACCAACCUUUUCAUCCUCAACCUGGCGGUCAGCGACCUGUUGGUGGGCAUUUUCUGCAUCCCCACAACGCUGGUGGAUAACCUCAUCACAGGCUGGCCGUUUACCAACACUGUGUGUAAACUGAGUGGUCUGGUGCAGGGGAUGUCUGUGGCUGCCUCAGUCUUCACCCUGGUGGCCAUCGCAGUGGACAGGUUCCGCUGCAUUGUGUACCCUUUUCAGCCCAAACUCACCCUCCUAGUUGCCAAGGCGACCAUAGCGAUGAUCUGGGUUCUGGCUGUGGUAAUCAUGUGUCCCUCAGCAGCUGCCCUGACCGUGGAGGAGGUGGCUGAUCACUACAUGGUUUACAGCCAGAACUACAACAUGACCUACCCCCUGUACUCAUGCUAUGAGAACUUUGCUGACCCGAAGAUGAGGAAGGUAUACACCACGGUUCUGUUCGCCCACAUCUACUUGGUGCCCCUGUCUCUCAUCAUCGUCAUGUACGGGCGCAUCGGGGUGAAGCUCUACACCUCUGUGGUGUCAAGCAGAGAACCUCAGGAUGCAGCACCUCCUCCCCCCCCAGCCAGGCACGAGGGGGGAAGGCCACAGAUCUCCCAGAAGAAGAUCAAGGUGAUCAAGAUGCUGAUCGUGGUGGCCCUGCUGUUCAUGUUGUCCUGGCUGCCGCUGUGGACUCUGAUGCUGCUGACGGACUAUGGCGGGCUGGGAGAGGAACAGCUGGAGCUCCUCACUGGAUACAUCUUUCCCUUCGCCCACUGGCUAGCCUUUUCCAACUCCUCUGUCAACCCCAUCAUCUACGGAUACUUCAAUGAGAACUUCAAGAGGGGCUUCCAGGCUGUCUGCCAGACCAACUCUUGCUGCCCCACAGGGAAUAGGGAUGAGGUAACGGGAAGGGGAACUAGGGAAGGUAGAGCAAGAGGUGGGGGUAAUGGUGGAUUGGAUGGAGGCGGACUGAGGGAUCCCACAAGCAACCCCAAUCCUCUCUUGUUUGGGGCAAGAAACAAAGUAUACACCGAUGGUAAUGUGGCAGACUCUGUGCUCCUUGAGCUGGAGUUGAAGAAGAAUUCUAAGGUGGGAAGCAACACGGUCCAUGUUGAGGGCAGGGGGACUGGGGCGAGUGGAGGAAUGGGGAUUGGCUAUGUGAUGAACAAAAAGGGGAUUCAUGUUGAGGAGCCCACCAGCCCAAUGGGAGUGUGUCAGGCCUGGGAUCAUUAG